UUCUGAGCCCUCCGCGUUCUCUGUCAAUUCGCCCACAGGUCACGUAAGGAGAGUCGGGAGGAUUUAACGCUACAGGGUGAAGUCGCUCGUUCCGAAACAAGCCGCACUCAUCCACCACCGCCCGGAAACAGCCUUCCACAUCCACGCGCAAAGUAUGCCGACAGAACUUUGGGUUUGGCAGGAUGGAACCUCGGAGACUGAUGUUUUUGCAGGUGGUGCGAUGGGCCCGAAUGGAUCCUGCGUCUUGGCAGGUGCAACUGAGGGGGCCUGGGACGGCACCAAUUUCGGAGGCAACGAUAUGGCAGCGAUAAAGCUAGACGCCGAGGGAAACGAGUUGUGGCGGUACCAGGAUGGAUCCGUCGUGCUGGCAGGACACCAGAAUUUGGACUUCUAUGUCACUAAGCUCGACGCUGAAGGGACCUUGGAGUGGUCGUUCGAGGAUGGCACACCUGAGGAUGAUAUCCCGUAUUGGAUGGCCAUGGCGGGAGAUGGCUCCGUGAUCUGCGUGGGGCAGACAUACGGCAGUUGGGAUGGAGACGCCAAUGGGGACAGUGACUUUGCCGCCUUUCGGCUCGACGGGAAUGGAGAAGAGAUCUGGCGGUAUCAGGAUGGCACAGAAGAGGAGGACCUCAUGACAGCUGCUGCCAUGGGGGAUGGGGACUCUUCAGUCGUCAUGGCAGGGCAGACAUACGUGAACUUUAGCGGGGCAUCUAAUAGCGGCAGCGCGGACAUCGUUGUCGUCAAACUUAAUGCGACUUCGGGGACUGAGAUCUGGCGCUAUCAGGAUGGAACAAGUGUUUACGACAAGUUGGGGUUGAUAGCUGUGGCAGAGGACAACGGCAUCGUGGUGGCGGGGUCCACGGACGGGAUCUGGAGUGGGGAAAACGCCGGGCUUGACGAUUUCGCGGCGGUGAAACUCAGUAGCUUCUCGCGUUUAAUAAUAAUGUACGCUCACGUUUUACCCCAAGAUGGCACGGCGGAAAAUGAUUUUCUAGACGGGGUAGCGAUACAAGCCGACGGCUCCGUUAUCCUCGGUGGGAAUACGGUAGGGGACUGGGACGGCGCAAACGCUGGCGAGCGGGACUUUAUCAUGGUAGCCUUGUCCGCGGACGGCGAAGAGCUCUGGCGAUGGCAGAACGGGACUGCCGGCAACGACGACCUCGACGUCAUGGCGGCAGGAUCUGACGGGAGAGUGAUCUUGGCCGGCAACACUGCUGGGUCGUGGGGGGCAACAAACAGUUUGGAGGAUGCCGCCUUUGUUGCUGUCAUGCUCGACGUGCCCACCUCGGCAACCCCGGCACCAUCGGCCUCGCCAACCCCGAUACCAUCGGCCUCGCCAACCCCGGCACCAUCGGCCUCGCCAACCCCGGCACCAUCGGCCUCGUCCCCUGCUCCUGUUCUUGAUGCGACUUCUCCGACUCCCACGCGUAUCCCACCUGCCGGUGUUGUUGCUCCUGAUGCCCCAGCAGCUCCAACGGUGCCUCCUACUCCUGCUCCCACGGCUGCCCCCCUCGCGGCUGUCUCCCCUGGUGCGCCUACCCCCUCUGGCGAGGAAUCGACGUCGAACACUACGCCGAUGGUUGCGGGGGUUGUUUCUGCCGCGGCUGGGGUGUGUCUCAUCGCGGUCGGGGUGUGGCUAAGGCGUCGGCGAACCGGGGGAAAAAGUAGAACCGAUUCCCUGCCCCCUCCUUCCACGAGCCGGGGGUCGAAGCCCAACGACCCUGGGCUUGAGCCACACACAGAAGCCGGCUUAGGUACCGCCGUGGCUCCUGACAAUGGUGGUCACCCGUCCUCGCAGGACAGGAGGCCGUCGCAGAUUGCGCACGCACACACGGCGGCAGUUGCUGAACGAUCAGAUGACGUAAUCGUUUCGACGUCCGGUGGAGGAGGAGGAGCACCGCCAGCACCAGUACCAGCGCCACCAGCAACAUCAACGGCACCAGUUGCACCAGCACCAGUUGCACCAGCACCAGCACCAGCAUCAGCACCAGCGGCGGCAGCACCAGCACCAGCGGCGGCAGCACCAGCAGCGGCAGCGGCAGCAGUUCCACGACCGGUGCAGGAAAUGCCAAACAACCCUGAGCAGGACUCUUCUGACAAGAUCUCGCCCCUCGCGCUUGGAAGCGGGAAUAUCAAAGACGGUGCGGCAAACAAGUCAUCUUUGACGGCUACAGUCUCCACAGUCGACAUGUCCACAGCAGAACGGGCGGAACUCGGUCAGUUCGACGAAAAGCAACAAAGCGCGGCGAGUGUGGCAUCCGUCGACGGCGAGAGCGCGCCGGAAGUGUUAGGGGAGGGAAUCGCGUCGUCCGCGACCGGCCGGCGGGGGUCCCGUGGCGGCAUCGGUCUUCGCGAAGCCGUGAUGCAGGCGGCCGAGAAUCUGGCGUACCAUUGCCAAAUUCCCGGUGUUAGCGAGGCAGCUUCAGUGGUGUCGACUCUGGUUAUGCUAGUCUCGGAUAGCCGUGACAUCAAGAGUGGGGGGGACUCAAACCUCAGGCAAUGCCGCUCGAUCGUCAGGAUCCUGGAGCGGGCAUCGAAGGUGGCUGGCAGGGGAGGCGAAACAACCACAGCCGAGCAGCGGGAUUUAAUCGACGAGGUGCACUACGCCAUUGAAGACCUGGUGGAACUCAUCAAAACGUACCAAAGCAUGAACAGGCUCUCCAAGGUGCUCAUGUCGACGUCCUUCAAGUGGCGCCAGAACGACCUGGAAGCAGCGAUCGACCGAGCCCUUUCUCGUCUGCAAUUCGGCCUCCAGGUGCAAGUCGGCGAUGAUGUCAGAGGAGUCAAGGAGGGGAUCGACGUUGUCCAGGGGUCCAUCGUCGAGGCCAACGCGGCGUCUCUGGCGAAAGCUCGCAGCGCAAGGCGGCAGCGCAAGCUGGACCAAGUCGAAAUCCCCGAGGACCAGGUGAUGAUUUUUUCGGACGAGCUUCUCGGGAAGGGCGGUUUCGGCGAAGUCUUCCUCGCCGAGUACAACAGGCGAAACGCGGCUGCCAAGGUGCUUCACAUCGCCCACGACCUCGGCAAGCCCGGCGGGCAGGAGGACUUGCUAGAGGCUCGGGUUGACGGUCAAUCCAACCCAGAGCGCGAAAAAAGCCAGCGCAAGGCUUUCCUGCGCGAGCUUGAGGCCAUGAUUCGCCUCCGCAGCCCCCACACGGUUGGUGUGUACGGGGCCAUAACGUCGCGGCCGGACCGUCUAGUUCUCGUGAUGGAGCUGCUCGCCGGCGGGGAUCUCCGCCGUUUGCUCAAGAACUCCGAUCAGCCGCUUCCCGAGGAGCAGUGUCGGCGCAUCAUCGGAGACAUCUGUGCGGGCAUGCAUUUCCUCCACAGCAAGGAAACCGUCCACGGUGACCUCAAGUCUGCCAAUGUUCUUCUCGAUGGAGCUGGAAGGGCCAAGAUCGGCGACUUCGGCACAUCCCGGUGGUCCUAUCACACCAACUCCACGGGCCUGGCCACGUACACCAAGGCCGGUCAGAACACCCAGAUGAGCCUCGCCUGGAGCGCACCUGAGGUGCUGGGUGCCUCGGGGAGCACUUACGCCAGCGACGUCUACAGCUUCGGCAUCGUCGCCUGGGAAGUGCUUUCGAGGGAGCUCCCUUGGGCAAGCGUGGUACAUCCGCGGGAAGUUUACAUUCGUGUGGUGUUGAAUGAGCUUCGCCCCGAGAUUCCCGCCGAUGCUCCCGCUGACAUUGCCACCAUAAUGAGGGCGUGCUGGGCGGGAGACCCCGAGGCGCGGCCCACUUCCAGUGCCAUCAUGGAGCGUAUCGAGUCAAACGGUUGGAGUGACUAGGAGCAAUGGCCGCACGCCAAACGUUGGGUUUGGUGGCUGGUCUUUUAGCUGCUUAUACCGAUAUUGUUCUUGAGCGACCCAGCGGACGAUAUUUCCCGCCGCUCCAACUCUCCUGGUCAGGGUUUUGGUUUGGUUUAGCAUCUUGAUUUGUACCUUUUUUCAGCUUUUUUGCACCACCUAUUUAGUUUAGCGAGUUUUUCUUGUGUUUUGUUUAGCCUUUCUUGCUGCGGUGAUCUGCUUUCAAUUUGACCCGAAAAGGAUUCAGUGUUCCGUUUGCUUUUUUCGUCUUCAAAAACGAAUGUUUUGUCAGUGCUGAGCCCAGGUGUGCAGUCCGAGAGCGAGGCGCAUUGGGUUUUGUCUCUGGG